AUGGCAGAGAGUUCGGAGAGCAAUAUGGACGUCAGCAGCAUUCAGGUGGAAGUCCUGGCUUUCAAAUUCGCCUGGAGGGGUAGGGCAUUGAAGGCAUACACUGAGCAAAUUUUAGUCUCGCCUGGUGUUUCUUGUACUGUUGAUGAUGUGGAUGAGUUGAACGAGAAUCUCAUUUCUGCAAUUUCUGUAGUAGCGGAUAAAUUAGACCUGGUUUCCAAACCUUUUUGGCGAGUUCCAGGAAAAAAACCUUGGUUCGAUAGAGAAUGUGAUAUGAUACGUCGUAAAUUAAAAGACUCAUUACAAAAAUAUAAAGAUAUUCAGAUUAUCGACAGUAUACUAAGAAACAUAAGUGAUAGGUUUAGUUACUUAGUUUUAAACGAAUGGGAAGCUCCUUGGAUAGGUUCACAACAUAAGAAUUUAGCAGACGAGAUGAUUCUAAGAUUCUUUGGGAUUUAUAUCUUAGGAUUUAUAAUAAAACUACGAGUAUUUUCUAUGGUCAAUGGAGAAGAAAUAAAUUUGUCAACAAAUAAUCUAUUAUUAGUAGAGAAUAAUUAUAAUGCUGAUUCAUUUAGUAAUAUCGAUAUAAAAACUAAUUUCAAGACAAGUGAAAAUAGUGAGAAAAAUAAAAACCUUGAAAAUUCUGUUUGGGUUUUGAACAUACCACUUUUACCUGUAGUGGUUGCGACUUCUAAUUCUAUUCCAGAAGGUCCUUGCAGAAAACAAUUAAAAUUUUAUCUCAAUCAUUUGAAAAAUGGGACUUUAUGGGCAACUGAAAUGUUUGAUUCAUCGGCAAAAUAUCCUUACGGAAUAUUCGAUGGGCAUCUUCGACAUCUGGGAAACUUCGACCAGUGUUUUCGAAUUGAAACACAAAUUCCAAAUUCUGAAGAAGAUGGAAAAUUUGAAGAAAUUCGUAGCAGGUAUUGUUUGGUGGAUAUUAAAUACCAAGAAAAAGAAGAACCGAAAAAUUUCCCUGGAAAACUUGAUAUUUGGUUCGACUCUCAAGGUUCCGCUUGGGAAUCAAUCAGAGAAAAAGGCGAUUUUCGAAGGUUUCAGCGGUAUCUUUUGCAAAUGGCCUUAUGUGUCCCAGCAAGUUGCCACCUCGAAGAUAUUACAACAGCCUUAAAAGAACCCUUAGAAAAAUUUAGCAAACAAUACAAUGUUGAAGUGCAAGCAUCAAUUCAAAAAGACCUCUGCCAAGCUGCUCACGAAGCUACAGAAAUUUCUAAUUACGCUAUAGCUUACUGUAUUGUCUUAAUUUCAAUAAUCACUCUUGUAAUAGUUAGCACUAUAUAUGACGCUGAAUCUAAGGCACUAGGAAAGCAAUCAAUAACAAAGGAAUUAUUAUUUUGCUUUUCCGCCCGCAGAAGUUUAAAUAAUAUUUUCAGAGUGACAUAUCGACAUCGUGGACUUGAUUGUUUACACAUGCUUCGAAUUAUUUUUACAUCUGUUGCGAUCGCGGGUCAUAGGCAGAUUCAAACCGUACACACUUCGGAUGUAAAUUCACGAUUUUUUGAAUGGACUAUUACUGAGCCCCUGGGGAUUAUGUUUCACAAUGGAUCUAUUAUAGUGGAUGGAUUUCUUGGAAUCGGAGGGCUUGUAUUGUCUUAUCAAUUAUUAGAAUAUCUCGAAAAGUCAAAACGAUUAAAUGUGCCGUUUUUGAUUAUAAAUCGAUUUGUGAGGGGGAACUGGAAAAUUGGUUCAAGAUGUGAUCAAUCACUUCCGGGACCGAUUGCUAUAUCGUAUUUCUUUCAAGAGGGAGCUGGAAAAGGGGUUCAAGAUGUGACAAAUCAUUCAUAUGUUGUGGGAAUAAUUAUGGGAGCUUUUAUUUAUGAUUAUAAAUUUGCGGCUUGGCGUCUCCCCAAGAUGUGGUCUCGAAUUUUAUUUAUUCUACAAGUAGUAGUAUUGAGUAUUUAUAUUCAACGUCUUGGGUUUCAAUUUAUGGAUCCAAACGAGAGACCAAGUCUUCUUGUAAAGGCGUUCUAUGCGAGUUUUCAUAGACCAAUUUUCGCUUUUAGCAUAUGCUCUGCCGCUCUCCUCAUCACAAUUGGCGAUGGUUUAGAUUUUCAAUACAACUUCUUGACACCUAGAUGGAUUCAACCUAUUUCUAAACUUUCUUACGCGGUUUAUCUACUCCACUUUGCAAUUCAAUCAUACGAUCUUGGCACUGCCCGAAAACCGUCUGCUUAUUCAUUCUACAAUCUGCAUACCUUCUUUGUCAUAGACGGAAUUUUUGUAUUAACUUUGUCAUUAUUCUUUGCUGUGAUGAUAGAGGAACCGUUCAAAAAUAUUGGAAAUUUAGUACUCAAAAGAAAAAAGCAAGGAAAUCAGAAGUCAAAUUAUCUGAAGAAAGGAACAAGAAAUUGGACUGAUUCCAGCAUAAGUGAAUAUUUUUAAAAGGGAUGGUGUACUCCAUGUAGAAAUCGUAAUGGGGUAUUGUUGAGGGCCUGAUGGGGUUUCCCUAUUUUUAUUAAGGUCCGCAUGGGGCAAAUUGUUAGGGACCGCAAUAGUUUGGUUACGCAAAAUUGUUAAGGCCGUAAAAGAAAAUUUGUUAUGGCCCAUAACAAGAAUCCUUAUUAUUUCCCAAUUAAUGUUUGGGGCCCUCGUUAGGGCCCCAGUAGGGCCUUUUGUGCAAGUAAAUGCCGUUUUUGUUCUUUUCAUUGACAAAAUAGGUCCGAUAUUAUUGUUAAGUGACGUAU